CGCUCGUCCCGCCCCUCGAUCUCAGGGAGGUUCCGACUACAUCCCACUGCAGCAGGCGCCACAAUGCUCUAGAAAACGAUCAAUUGGCUCUGCAGGAAAAUUGAUACAACGCACCGGCAUCAAUGGUUGCCGCGAGCAUGGCCGCCAGAGCGGCUGCCAGAACAGCUACUAGAGCAGCGAGGGGAGCGGCAGCCAGUGCUGAAGCGGGUACCAGCUCCGGUGCGAAGACGGCCAUUGCGAAGAAACCUGGAAAGAACUUGUCAAAUCCAAAAAUACAGGAGACGGUCAGCCCUGUCGUUGUCAGCUCCUGGGAGGCCCUUCGGUUCCCAAGAGCGACAAAACCCAUCCAGGGCAAGGUCAGAGAAACUGGGUCCCGUGCUGCCCUACAAUGGCGGACACAGGAGAGAGCAAGGCUACGCAAGGCAUUACACCGCCUAACGCAUGGGAAAAAUAUAUUUGCCUACAACAAUAUCCGAACGAAUCAGGUUGUAUAUUCGUUUACGAGAGAGCUUGAGAAAAACAACGUUCUCUCCCAACUAGUCUACCACGGCAAGAAGACCGUACCCGCUACACUGCGCAAGGAUAUGUGGACCCCUUAUUUCUCCCUGCAUUUCCCCUCCACCUCCCUUGGCCUUGAAGCCUACCGCCUUCUCCGCGAGUUCUCCAUGCAGCGGCAACUUGCCCCGCCCGCAGAUAUGAUCACUGCCUCGCAAGACAACGAGGUGCUCACCCGGCAGCGCCCGCGGGACCCCGCCGAAGCCGAGAAAUGGGAUGAGGAAUGGAAGACUCGCAUGGAGCAGCAUCAGUUCCUUAACAAAAAAUUGCGCGCGCGUAUCCUCAUGGACCAAAAGGCUACAAGCGUUGCGGAUGUGGCGGCGGUACUGGCGCUGCAGCAGCAGAAGAUGAAGGAGGAGCAGGAGCGGGAAGCGAGAGAAAAUGAACUGGAAGAUGAGAAUGAAGGAGAAGCAGAAGCAGAAGAAGAAGAAGUAGAAGGGGGAGAUGGCGAGAAGGUGAAAAAUGAGAGCGGGAAGGUUGGCGAUAAGGAUAAGUCGGGCAAGAAAAUCAGCCGAAAGAGACGGAAACGGAUCCAGGCGGCUAUCAGAGCACAGCAGGCGCUGGAGAAGGACACCAUGGACAAGAUCGCCGAAUUGGAACGCAUGCUGCAGGUGAAAAUCGACCCUUCGCUGCCGCCGUCGGAGCAUCACAUCGUCAAUGAAGGCGAGGUCAAGAUGUUCUGGGUGGAUCUGCAUAAUUUGCAGUAUGCCGAGUCAUGGCCAAAAAAUGUCAUCCAUGGUCAGCUGAAGCCUGUUCGUGGCCAUAUUAUGGGCACCGAGCUUGACCUUGCGGCUGGUGAGUUGCUGGCCCUUGGCGGUGCUCCCGCCGCGAAGGGGGAAGAUGGCGAGGGUGCGGAACAGGCUGGCGCUGGUUCCGGUGCUUUGGCUGAAGCUGACGCUCAGGCUGAGGGAGAGCAAGAGAAGGCGGAUGCCCCUAAGGAAGAGAAGUCGAGGUCGGGUCUCGGGAAGUUGAAGUUCUGGUAGAAAGUGAACCGUUGGGGAAAAACGGGCAUGGGCAUGGGCAUGUUUCAUUCUUUCUAUGGUGAUAAAUAAAUGGUUAUGUUGAUAAAAUGGAUUGUCAUUUAUUUUUUUGCCCCAUGCUUCCCUUUAUUUUUCCUUCUUCCCACUCUCAUAUUUUCCAACCAAUUGUACUGCACCGUUUCUAUAUCCUCGGGGUUAUCUCUUUUCUUUUUUCUUCUUUUUUUGGUCGUUUAUUUAAGACUUUUAGAAUUUUUUUUUCUCCACCCAUUUUUGUGUAUUUAUAUUUUUUCUAGAAACCACAAACUUCUGUACAACCCUCACUUU